CCCGGCCGGGGCUAGUCGGCCGGAAGCUCGGCCCAGCGCCUGGAAGGGAGCGGCCCGAGCGGGAACGGACGCGGCCCGGUCCGCGCGGAAUAUUGAAGAAUGUUUGUUCCAAGAUCUUUAAAAAUCAAGAGGAGUUCUAAUGAUGACCUCAAAAGCUGCGUAGCUAAGAAAAGUAAGCCAGAAGCGGAAAGCCUCCAGGGGGAAGGAGAUGGAGACACUCCAGACCAUCCUGCAGUUAGGAAAGACAGACCGAGCAGUGCGUCAAGCCCCUUACCCAGUCCUUCUAGCCAGUUGCCCGAGGUAGGACCCGAACAGGGUGUGAAGGACAGCCACCCUUCUGAAGAGCCUAUAAAGUCAUUCUCCAAAACCCAGCGGUGGCCAGAGCCUGGGGAGCCUGUGUGUGUCAUCUGUGGUCGUUAUGGAGAGUAUAUCUGUGACAAGACAGAUGAAGACGUGUGUAGCUUGGAGUGCAAAGCAAAACAUCUGCUGCAAGUUAAGGAAGAUUCAUUAAAACCCAACAGCCCACGGGGAGCUGCUUCGGAGCCAGAGUCCCCACUGGAUGCCUUUUAUGUCUACAAAGAGCACCCCUUUAUUGUGACCCUCAGGGAGGACCAGAUUGAAACCCUUAAGCAGCAACUAGGAAUCUCAGUUCAAGGACAAGAAGUUGCCAGACCAAUUAUUGACUUUGAGCACUGUGGCUUUCCUGAGACCUUAAAUCAGAACUUGAAGAAAUCAGGCUACGAAGUGCCAACUCCCAUCCAGAUGCAAAUGGUUCCUGUGGGCCUUCUGGGAAGAGACAUUCUGGCCAGUGCAGACACUGGCUCAGGGAAAACAGCCGCUUUCCUCCUGCCUGUUAUCAUCCGAGCUCUGUGUGAGGACAAAACUCCGUCUGCGCUCAUUCUCACACCAACAAGAGAGUUAGCCAUUCAGAUAGAGAGGCAAGCCAAGGAAUUGAUGAGUGGCCUGCCACGCAUGAAGACAGUGCUUCUUGUGGGGGGCUUACCUUUACCCCCACAGCUCUAUCGGUUACGACAGCAUGUUAAGGUUAUCAUAGCAACUCCUGGGCGACUUCUGGACAUAACAAAACAGAGCUCCGUAUCACUCAGUGGCAUAAAAAUUGUGGUAGUGGAUGAAGCUGACACCAUGUUGAAGAUGGGCUUCCAACAGCAGGUGCUUGACGUUUUGGAAAACAUUCCUGGUGAUUGUCAGACCAUCCUGGCUUCUGCCACAAUUCCAGGCAGCAUAGAACAGCUCGCAGAACAGCUUUUGCAUAAUCCUGUGAGGAUUACUACCGGGAACAAGAACCUGCCCUGCUCCAGCGUGCGGCAGAUCAUCCUGUGGGUAGAAGACCCAGCCAAAAAGAAGAAGUUAUUUGAAAUCCUAAAUGAUCAGAAGCUCUUUAAACCUCCAGUGUUAGUGUUUGUGGAUUGCAAACUAGGCGCAGACCUGUUGAGCGAGGCGGUGCAGAAGAUCACAGGUCUAAACAGCACGUCCAUCCACUCCGAGAAGUCUCAAGUGGAAAGGAGGGACAUACUGAAGGGAUUACUGGAAGGAGACUAUGAGGUCGUGGUGAGCACAGGGGUCCUGGGCCGAGGCCUAGAUUUGGUCAACGUCAAGCUGGUUGUGAAUUUUGAUAUGCCCUCAAGUAUGGAUGAGUACGUUCAUCAGGUUGGCAGAGUGGGGAGACUCGGUCAAAAUGGAACUGCAAUUACUUUCAUCAAUAACAACUCUAAAAAGCUCUUCUGGGAUGUUGCCAAAAGAGUGAAGCCUACAGGAUCCAUUCUCCCUCCACAGCUGCUAAACUCUCCUUACCUUCAUGAGCAGAAGAGAAAGGAACAGCAGAAAGACAAACAGACGCAGAGCAACUUGGUCACGGGGGCCAACCUCAUGGACAUAAUUAAGAAACACGAAAGGAGCAAUUCACAAAAAUGACCUGGCUUGCCACUUCUGACAACACAGAAUUCCCUCCAUUAACAUGGGCAUGGUGCCUGAGGUGACAAGUCAUCCAAGGUGACUUUCCUGGCAGCUUGAAGUAAAUUGACUCCACACAGAUAGGACCCUUUGUCAUCUCCCAGCCAUGCUCACAGUGACCCCAGAGGCCCAAGGUCCACA